CAUGGCGGCGGUGGUGGUGGUUUUGGACAGACUGGGCAUGGUGGUGGUGGAGGUGGUGGUGGUGGACAAGUUGGACAUGGUUCUGGUGCUGGUGGGGGUGGACAUGGUGGAGGUGCUGGACAAGGUGGAGGCGAAGGAGGUGACUCACACUGUGUCGUUUUACAAAGAAUUGCUACUGGAGGUGGUGGUGGACAUGGUCGAGCACAAGCUGAUCGAGGAACUGGUGGUGGGCACGGCGAUGGAGCUGGACACACUGCUGGUGGGCAAACCAUUUUAGGGCACGUUAUAAUUGUUGCUUUAAUUGUUUUUGUUUCUGCUGAAGAAUCUCCACAGCUAGGCUGA